GGAUGGGAUAUAAAUGUCCAGACUGUCCCUCGCCAUCUUGUCAGAAAAAAAAACCCUUUCCUCAGCAGCAGCAGCAGCCCAACACAACACUCGCUCUUCAUCCCUCGCCUUACAACAAUAAUACCAACAAUAAUAUCAACAAUCCCUAAAACCGCAACCAUGAAGUUCUCCGUCAUCGCUGCCGCCGCCUCCCUCGUGGCGGUCGGGUCUUGCGGAAAGGCCAUCGUCAAGAACAACUGCGACGCCACCGUCUUCGUGCAGUCGUUCCCGUACAGCGGAGGCCAGGGCGCCCAGACGGCCCUGAGGAAGGGCGAGACCUGGAGCGAGGACAUGAUCGCCGCGGGCUCGACCGUCAAGAUCGCCAAGACCAGGGCCCUUUCGGACCCGCUGUUCUUCGGCUACUCGUCGUCCAAGAACCCGAACUACGCCUACUACGAGUUCAGCACCCAGUGGGGCAACCCCUUCUCCGGUAACCGCAACAUCCUCAGCCCUGGCGACGGCUGCGAGCAGUUCGACUGCGCCGCCAACCAGGCCGACUGCUACAGCACCCCCGUGCACAAGAAGGUCUUUGGCUGCCCCGAGCCCGUCGACGUCACCGCCACCCUCUGCGCUUAAGCUUCUUGCCCCCACCCAGCGACCCCAGCCGCCGCGGUGGUUUACGACCUUUCCAUAGCCAUGCCCAUCACGAAUACGCUUUAAUAAAUCAUGAUAGAGGACGUAACAUACUCGUUCGUUGUGCUAUGUAUUUGUUCCCAAGUGAGGAGCGAUGUUAGGUGGUAUGCUUUGAUCAAUU